GUGGUGGCAUUGGUGGUGGUGGUGGUGGUGGCAGUCACGGCGACGACGGUGGUGGCGGUGGUGGCGAGCGAAGACGCACGAUGGUGAUGAUGAUGAGCGUCUCUAGACCAUGCUGCCCCUCAUAAGGAGUGAGUCUCUUGACAGUGACAUCGAACAGAGGGUCCAUGUGAAGUUCUACGUGCACGAAAAGACGUUCAAGGAACGCUGCAAACUUUUCUUCAUCAAGAACAAGCGAUCGAGCCUCCGCAUCCGCGUGUUCAACUUCGCGCUCAAGGUGCUGACGUGCGUGCUGUACGUGUGCCGCGUGGUGCUGGACGACCCCAAGGACAAUGGCUAUGGCUGCUGGGAAUGCCCCAAGCAGAACUUCACGGAAUUUGAUGCCAACGCCCCAAUUAACUGGUGGCUGAUCUGGUGGGUGGACAGGGGAAUGUUCUUCUGGGUCUCCCAGGUGACUCUAGCCAUCAUCAGCCUCCUUGAAACGAUGCUUCUUACGUUCCUCAACUACAAGGGAAACAUCUGGGAGCAGGUGCUGCAGGUUUCGUUCGUGCUGGAGGUCGUCACGACCAUUCCCUUCAUCAUCACGAUAUUCGUCACCCACCUGCGCAGUGCCUUCAUCCCGGUCUUCCUCAACUGCUGGCUGGCCAAGCUGGCGCUGCAGAACCUCAUCAACGAUCUGCACCGCGCCAUACAACGUGCCCAGUCUGCCAUGUUCAACCAGGUCCUCAUGCUCAUCUCCACGCUGGUCUGCCUCAUGUUCACAUUCAUUUGCGGCAUCCAGCACCUGGAGCGUGCGGGCGGCUGCCUCUCGCUCUUCGACUCGCUCUACUUCUGCAUCGUCACCUUCUCCACCGUGGGAUUCGGAGACGUCACGCCACAGAUCUGGCCCUCGCAGCUCCUCGUCGCAUUCAUGAUCUGCGUGGCACUCAUGGUGUUGCCCGUGCAGUUUGAGCAGCUGGCCUUCCUGUGGAUGGAGCGGCAGAAGUGUGGCAGCGGCAACUACAGCCGCUACCGCGCGCUCACUGAGCGUCACGUGGUGCUGUGCGUGAGCUCGCUCAAGAUCGACGUCCUCGUCGACUUCCUCAACGAGUUCUACGCUCACCCCCUGCUCCAGGACUGCUUCGUGGUGAUCCUCUGCCCGUCGGAGAUGGACCCGCAAGUGCGCCACGUCCUGCAGAUCCCCAUGUGGUACCAGCGCGUCAUCUACGUGCAGGGCUCGGCACUCAAGGACCAGGACCUCGCACGCGCCAAGAUCGACAGCGCGCAGGUGUGCUUCGUGUUGACCAGCCGCAAUGAGGACCGCAUCGCAGCGGACCAGCAAACCAUCCUGCGGGCGUGGGCCGUGAAAGACUUUGCGCCGGGCUGCCCGCUGUACGUGCAGAUCCUGAGGCCCGAGAACAAGUUCCACGUCAAGUUCGCCGACCACGUGGUGUGCGAGGAGGAGUUCAAGUACGCGCUGCUAGCGCUCAACUGCGUGUGCCCCGCCACGUCCACGCUCAUGACGCUGCUGCUGCACACGUCACGUGGCCAAGAAGGGCGACAGUCCCACGACCCCUGGCAGCGGAUGUACGGGCGGUGCUCGGGGAACGAGAUCUACCACAUCCAGCUGUCGGAGAGCAAGUUCCUGCGCGAGUACGAGGGCAAGAGCUUCACGUACGCCGCCUUCCACGCGCACAAGAAGUACGGCGUGUGCCUCAUCGGCGUGCGACGCGACGGGGGCUCCACGCGUCUCAACCCGGGCCAGCGCCACCUGCUCUCCGCGGCCGACAUCUGCUUCUACAUCAGCAUCACCAAGGAGGAGAACUCGGCACUCUUCGUCCGGCACGCCGGCGCCAGCGGCGGCGGCGGCGCCGCCAACAAGGCGGCGGUGGGCUCUGGCCCCGCGGGCAACGCGCCCAACGGCCACCUAACCGGGCACCCGCCGGGCCACCCCGCCGGGCCUCCCCGCGAAAGCGACGGCAGGGAGUUUGCCGCCACGAUCGGCUCCGUGUCGCUGGACCUUCGGACCCUCUUGGAGCGCCGCGGCCCGUCCCCGCCGGCCGGCCACGCCGUGGGUCCGUGUGGCCCCGGGGGGCCGAGUGGCCCCGGGGGGGCUGCCGGUCCCGGCGGCGGCGGCGGCGGCGGCAUCUGGAUGUCCAUGUCGGAGGGCCGCCGCUGCUCCAUCGCCCCCGUGCUCGAGCUGCCCGACCCCAACGGAGCCGAGCUGCCCUCUGACCUCCUGGAGGAUGACGAGGAGGACGACGACGCGAUGACCUGCGAUGACGAGGACUCUCCGGGCACCACGUGGAUCAAGGGUUACCCGAUUAGCUUCCCCUACAUCGGCAGCUCACCCACCCUGUGCCACCUCCUGCUGUGCAAGGUGCCGCCCUGCUGCCUGCGUCUCGACCAGGCGUGCGAACACAAUGGCCACGAGGACGCCCAGGCCUACAACUUCAAGAACAAACUGAUCAUCGUGUCGGCGGAGACCGCCGGUAACGGCCUCUACAACUUCAUCGUGCCUCUCCGGGCCUACUACAGGCCACGCCGCGAGCUCAACCCGAUCAUCCUCCUGCUCGACAACCCGCCCGAGUCGAGCUUUCUGGAGGCGAUUUGCUACUUCCCAAUGGUCUACUACAUGGUGGGCUCCAUUGACAACCUGGACACGCUGCUGCAGUGCGGCAUCAUCCGCGCGGACAACAUCGUCGUGGUGGACAAGGAAAGCACGAUGAGCGCCGAGGAGGAGUACAUGGCCGACGCCAAGACCAUCGUCAACGUGCAGACCAUGUUCCGGCUCUUCCCGGGGCUGAACAUCAUCACCGAGCUCACACACCCGGCGAACAUGCGCUUCAUGCAGUUCCGCGCCAAGGACAGCUACUCGCUGGCCCUCGCCAAGCUGGAGAAGCAAGAGCGCGAGAAGGGCUCGAACCUGCCCUACAUGUUCCGUCUCCCGUUCGCGGCGGGCCGCGUGUUCAGCGUCAGCAUGCUGGACACGCUGCUCUACCAGUCGUACGUGAAGGACUUCAUGAUCCCAAUCAUGAGGCUGCUGUUGGGCCUGGACACCACCCCCGGAUCUGGCUAUCUCUGCGCCGUGCGCGUGACGGAGGGCGACCUGUGGAUCCGCACGUACGGGCGGCUCUACCAGAAGCUGUGCUCCUCCUCGGGAGAGAUCCCCAUCGGCAUCUUCCGCACCGAGUCGCACGACUUCCCCAUGGCCGAGUCCCAGAUGAUGAUUAAGUCAAACUCCCGGGCGUCCAUGGGCGGCUACGACACGUUCGAGAGGGGCGGCGGCGGAGACCACCCUCAGGAUUCGCUGCUCCAUCUCGGCGGCGGCGGCGGCGGCGGCUGCCGCCGGUUCAGCUUCCCAGUGCCGACCCUGCCGUGCGAGCGCUCGCUGCCCCGCUCGCCGGUCUCCGAGCCCCCCUCCGACGUGCCGCUGCUGCGCCGCAAGAGCCUGCAGUGGGCCCGCCGCUUGACGCGCUGCAGCCCGCGCGUCACUCGCCGUGCCGCCGACUGCAUCAACUGGCAGCGCAUGGCGCUGUUCCGGCGCUCGGAGAGGCAGGAGCUGGGCGAGCUGGUGCGUGGGCGUAUGCGCCACCUGGGCCUGCCCACGCAGGGAUACGAUGAGAUGGGAGACAACGAGAACAUGCUGUCGUACGUGCUCGUCAACCCGCCGCCGGACACGCCGCUGGAGCUCAACGACAUCGUCUACGUGAUCCGGCCCGACCCUCUGACCUCCGUGGCUCAGGAUCUUUCGCAACGCGAUUCAAGCGCCCUGGACGCAGGCGACACCAAGCUGUGACCGAGAUGGAAGCCGAGGAAGAGGGGGAGGGUGAAACAAGACGCAAAAACCACGCCCUGACGCUCGCCUUGUCCUGUACUGUGCCACGAUGCCGGCAACGUGGGUUGUCCGGUUGACCCCUUGACCCGAAGUCGUCAUUCCCGCCUCGGUUCGCUUGACUUCAGAGUAAAUGAGCACACGGCAGUGACGUUGUCAUUGUCGGCGCUGGCGAGACAACCCAGGUUACGAGCGUUGCUCGUGCGUAACAAUGGAACCCCUGUUAACGAUGGUAAUUGGUUCCACGGAACCGGCUGUUAAGCGAUUUGGUCGUUAAGCGAGUAUAGGAAAUACACGCGAAAGGCUUAAUUCGUUCCAAUAGCAUCGAAAGUUAACCCUUUUUCACG